GGGUCAACUAGUCCUCCUCGUCCUAACGAUAUGACUGGCCGUCCAGACCACGCCCACAAGACGCUAACCCCGCCCCCAACACGUGUUGAGCACCCAUCAGACACGCCCCAUGUCACUGAUUCAUCCUGGAGGCCCCGCCCCCCCCCUGGGAUCCCUAUAUCCGAAGCCCCGGGCCGUCUGCCCUGUCUCUGUCCCUCAGCUGCCAUGUCUGCACAGCAAAUCUUCACAGAGGGCGAAAGCUGCAAGUCCUCCUGGCACAGCGCGUCUGCCGGGUACAAUGAAACGGACACUCACUUGGAGAUCAUGGGCAAGCCAGUAAUGGAGAGAUGGGAGACCCCCUACAUGCACAGCUUAGCCGGGGUGGCAGCCAGCAAAGGAGGCCGUGUGCUGGAGCUUGGCUUUGGAAUGGCUAUAGCCGCUAGUAAAGUGGAAGAGUAUAACAUAGAAGAGCACUGGAUUGUGGAGUGCAAUGAUGGAGUCUUUCAGCGACUGCAAGAAUGGGCUAAAACACAACCUCAUAAGAUUGUUCCAUUGAAAGGGCUGUGGGAAGACGUGGUGCCCACUUUACCAGAUGGUCACUUUGAUGGCAUUUUGUACGAUACAUAUCCUCUCUCUGAGGAGACAUGGCAUACACAUCAGUUUAACUUCAUCAAGGGUCAUGCUUACCGCCUGCUCAAGCCUGGUGGAGUCCUUACCUACUGUAACCUUACAUCUUGGGGAGAAUUCUUGAAAUCAAAAUACAAUGAUAUAGAAACAAUGUUUCAGGAGACUCAGCUACCUCAGCUGUUGGAGGCUGGAUUCAAGCAGGAAAAUAUUAGCACCACAGUGAUGGAUCUUAUCCCUCCCAAAGAGUGCAGAUAUUACUCCUUCCCUAAGAUGAUUACACCCAGCAUUAUCAAGUCUUAAGCAGAUCAACGAUUCCUCUGUUCUGUACUAGAGAUGAGCGAACUUACAGUAAAUUCGAUUCGUCACGAACUUCUCGGCUCGACAGUUGAUGACUUUUCCUG